AUGGCCGCCAAAUCAGCAGUUCGCUCCAUCUUGGAGAAAAGUCCCAGUGAUAUUGUUAUAGUAUCUGCAUUAAGAACUCCUAUUACUAGGGCUAAAAAGGGUGGACUCAAGGAUGUUUACCCAGAAGAAUUGCUAAGUAAAGUACUGUCUGCUACAGUGAAAAAAUCUGGCAUAGAUAAGAACCUGGUAGAUGACGUACUGGUUGGUGCAGUAUUACAGACUCUAGGAGGCCACAAGGCCAGUGCCCUCGCUGUAAAAAGUGUUGGUUUUCCUAUUUCUACUACCACAAAUACCAUUAAUAGACAAUGUGGUUCAUCUGCUCAAGCAAUGUCAUAUAUUGCUUCGUCAAUUCGUUCAGGAGAUAUUGACAUUGGUAUUGCUGCUGGCGUAGAGUCUAUGACUUUUGAUUAUUUCCCUCAUAGAGGAAUUCCCACCAGAAUAUCCGAGUCUCUUAAAGCAUCUGCUUCUGAUGAAGCUAAGAAUGUUCUCAUGCCUAUGGGAAUUACCUCUGAGAACGUGGCAGAAAAGUAUGGCAUUACACGUGAAGAGCAGGACCAUUUCGCAUAUCUCAGUCAUACUCGAGCUGCCAGGGCCACUGAAAGCGGUCAUUUUGCAAAGGAGAUUGUUCCUGUGGAAGCUAGAUUUGUAGAUGAAAACGGCGUUGAGUCGCCCAAUACAGUCACUGUUUCUAAAGAUGACGGUAUUCGAGCCACUAUUUCGCUCGAUAAAUUGGCUACUUUAAAGCCUGUUUUCUCAGAGACUGGUACCACCACAGCAGGCAAUUCAUCGCAAAUAUCCGACGGUGCUUCCGCAGUUCUUCUUAUGACGCGAGCUAAAGCACACGAACUUGGUCUCAGACCGGUAGCAAGAUUUAUUGCAUCCAAGGCAGCUGGUGUUCCCUCUGCUUUAAUGGGAAUUGGACCAGCAGCUGCUAUCCCCAAGCUUCUGGAACGUGUUGGUCUUGUAUCGUCUGAUAUCGAUGUGUGGGAGAUCAACGAAGCAUUCGCCAGUCAGUCGGUUUACUGUGUAAAGGAGCUUGGCCUUGAUUCUGAUAAGGUGAAUCCAAAUGGUGGUGCCAUCGCUCUGGGUCAUCCUCUUGGAGCUACUGGUGGACGUUUGGUCGCAACUCUUAAUAAUGACCUUCACAGCCUUGAUGGAGAGCUUGGUGUCCUCUCAAUGUGCAUGUCGACUGGUCAGGGCUAUGCUGCUCUCCUGUCCCGUGAAUAA